UUUAUGUUGUUCCAGGCAAUGCGGUCCAAUUUGCAGUAGUACUAGUUGCUGCCAACAAGGCCGGUUGUUGUAAAUUAGAUGGUUAUCAAUGUUGUGGUAAUGGUAAUUGUUGUGCAGAAUACGAAUAUUGUGAUCAAGAUGGAUUUUGUAAAAUGGGAUUGACACCACCAACAAAGGUACCACAAGUAGUUGUUGUAAAAAUUGUUCAAUAUAUCAUUAAAGAGAAAGUUGGAGUAUUAAAAUUGGCAAAAGAAAACAAUUAUAAUGAUAAAGAAGCUAAUCAGAUAGAUGAAACAACUGAGAAAUUGAUAGAAUGUGUAAACAAUUUUGGAAUGAGUUUAGUAAGGGCGGGUGUACAAAAAAAUGAUUCAUGUAUACUAUGUGAUCAGGUAAAAACUUUAUCUGAUUUUAAUACAAAUACAACAGCAUCAAAAGACGAAACAGUAGCAAUGUUAAAAUUGUUAUAUUCGUUAGAAGCAAUAGCAAAAAAUGCUACUAAAUGUGAUUUUAUCUUGAAAUGUAUGAGCGGAGAUAGUUGUUCUCAAA